AUGAGUGCGUUUGUUACUCUAACUUUGUGUUGCUUGUUUGGUGGUAGUUUGGCCGGUACUGGACUGUCAGAUGCAAACAUUGAUGCAUUCAUAUCAGCUCCAAAGGAAGUUCUUUCUUAUCAUGGAAUAUAUGAUAACUCGGAUGUGAAUGUCAUUGCAGACCAAAAGCAAGAUAUCGGAUAUACUGCACGAAAGAGGCGUGAUUUGGCAUAUACUGCUGACAAAAGACGAGAACUUGGGUAUACAGCUCGAAAGAGAAGGGAUCUCGCUAGUGAUGCAGACAUAAAGCAAGGUCGCGGAUAUACUGCACGAAAGAGGCGUGAUUUGGCAUAUACUGCUGACAAAAGACGAGAACUUGGGUAUACUGCACGAAAGAGGAGGGAUCUCGCUAGUGACGCAGACAAAAAGCAAGAUAUCGGAUACACUGCUCUAAAGAGACGUGAUUUGGCAUAUACUGCUGACAAAAGACGAGAACUUUGGUAUACUGCACGAAAGAGGAGGGAUCUCGCUAGUGAUGCAGACAUAAAGCAUGGUGGCGGAUAUACUGCACGAAAGAGGCGUGAUUUGGCAUAUACUGCUGACAAAAGACGAGAACUUGGGUAUACAGCAAGAAAGAGGAAGGACCUCGCUAAUGAUGCAGAUUAA